AUGACGGAUGCUAAAGUGGUCUGUAAAGAGCUGGGCUGUGGGGAGGCCAUUGAAGCACCAAAGGAUGCUCAUUUUGGAGAGGGAUCAGGGCAGAUCUGGCUGGAUGACAUGUUAUGCACUGGAAAUGAGUCGACUCUGAUGAGCUGUGGUCAUCCACGUCUGGGAACCCAUAACUGUGGACAUCACCAAGACGCUGGGGCUGUCUGUUCGGGUGUGCUGCACUUCCUCUACCUGUGUUGCUUUGUGUGGAUGUCCAUCGAGGCCCUGCUGCUCUUCUCCUCCGUCAGGAAGCUCAGACAGGUCAAGCCCAAUGACCGCGCGGGGCCACACUGGGGUUACAAGCUCCUGAUUGGCUACGGAGUUCCACUGGUCAUUGUGGCCGUGUCUGCUGGGGUGAUGCCUGAUGGAUAUGGAAGUCAGCAGUGCUGGCUCAAGACCGACUAUGGGUUUAUCUGGAGUUUCCUUGGUCCUGUUUGCCUCAUUCUUGCGGGCAACAUCAUACUCUUUAUCGCCAUCAUAGUCACUCUGCAGUCCACUCUAAAAGAGGCACACAGUGACGUGUCUAAGGUGAAAUACACCAGAGUCCUACUGUUCAAAAUCAUGGCCCAGUUUGUCAUCCUGGGUUGCCCAUGGAUCCUUGGCAUGUUUACAGCAAAGAGCAAAGUCCUUGAAUUUAUCUUCAUAAUUCUCACCUCACAACAAGGCACUUUCAUCUUUCUUGUUCACUGUCUCCUGAAUGAUGAGGUGCGGCGUCAGUACAAAAAAUGGUGGCAGGAAUUCAGUCCACCUGAGAAGCGUCUGUCUGCCACUGCUACCUAGUCGGCCUUAAAACGUCACAACAGGAACUCAUGAAGAAUGACCACCAAAGACUUAAGGGACCCCAAUGGAUUCAUUUGACAACAAAUUCAAUUCUGUGUGAUUCUCCAUGGGCUUUGUAAUCAACCAUGCAGUAUUCAGCAUAAGCCUCCCAUUUUGUGAUACAGAAACCAGCAAUAAGAUUCCUACGUUGCUUGCUUACACAGCAGCCUUAAAACAAAAUUCAUCAACCUAUACCAGCUCUGAAAGGCU